AUUUAAAUGUAUGAAUGGACAAUUAGAGAUAAGAUCGCCAUUGCCUUGAUUGAUAAAAAAAAGACAUUUAAACAGUAUUAAUUUGUACUUUUUUGUUUUUUAUCUAAAUCAUGCACCUUAUUUCUGCAUCCUACAUCAUGUACGUCAGUGUAAACGGAAAAACGGUGGGAGCUCGCAUCCUUGAACUUACCCAGUGCAACCGUUCGCUUGGAAUUGAUUACUUGCAGUAUUUCAGAUCUACGUGAAUGCGUCUGGCACUCUGGAGUGAUUACAUUUACAUGCAAUUUCCUGAUUAGAUCGUGUUGCUUAGGGGUUUCCAUUUAAUAUCAUAUUUCGGAAGUAUUUAUUCUAUUCAACAAGAAUAUAUACAACUGAAACAAGGCACCUGCUCUUGACCAGUUAUCAAAAAUACAAAUGUUCGAGUUAAAUGGGUCAGUGUCCAUUUUGCGGCAAUAAACCAACGAUACAUGAGAUAAUGAAUCAGCUGAUAAUUAAUGGAUUGUUGAUGGUCUUUCUACAAUUUCUUGAUAGUCAACAGUAGUUACUCAUCCGGAAUUCUAGUAUCGAACAACAUAUGCACUCUGAAAUGAUAUAUACCAGACUAAAACCAAAAACUAAUUUGAAAAUGUUAUCGUUUACUAUCUGAUGACAGUAAAGGAUUAAAGUUUAGCUGAAUUGGAAGAUGAAACAGGUUUAUCAUACAUAAAUAUCAAGUUUAGCAUUUAAGUUAUCCGAAACAUGUAUUGUGAAUACAAUGUGAAAACUUAUACCAUUUUAUUUAUCACGGAGGAAAGAAAAAUGUUAAACCGGUCGAGAUAAGAAGGAAAAUAAUCUUAUAUAAAACAUUUAAUACCUGGAUUUUAAUGCGUCCUUUAAUCAUGUAUCAUCGGAACAGGUUUGAAUCAUAUUAAAACGUUUUCAUCUGCGAUCAUUUGAUUUUCGGUUAUUACGAUAGAGAUCUUUCAGGAUACAUUCAUUUAUAAUAUUUACAACUUUUAUAAAUACUUACAACUUUUAUAAAUACUUACAACUUUUAUAUUCGGUAACUGGAAAUACUAGUUACUGAUAUCUUUCUAAUUUGAUGGACAAAAAGGAGUUGAAAAUCGAGCGAUGGAUCUAAUAGACGAAAGCAUGCAAGACAGGAAAAUGUCAACUGUCACAGUGGCUACAGACAGUGGGGUCAGUUCUAUAAGUAACGAAGAAAAUGUGUGCGAGGACGAAAUACCAGAUAUCACCACAGCGGCCAAAGACAUCCCAGACAUUCAAGAUGUCAAACCAAAAGUGAGAUUAUCUAUAGACGAACAUGGGCAGAGAAAUAUGGAUUUAGGUAAAUUUAUGGAAGCAACAGUUCGAUCGCGUAGAUCGUGUUCGCUACCGGAUAUACUAGACUUUGACAAUAUUGAAUUCUAUGAAGAAGAUUCUAACAAUUUGAAGGGUUUUCCCCAAAGCUCUGCGAAUUCAUCUAGAGAUAAUUUGUCAGUUGUCACCACAGAUACUCGGAAAACAUCAACAACAAGUUUGGGCAGCUUUCAACUUUGUGGCAAAGAACAUGUUGAAAAACCGUGUUAUAUAUGUCUGAAAGAUAAUGAUAUUUAUUGUAGUGUCUGUGUGCAAGUUCACAACUUCCAUUGUAAAGAAAACGUAAAGCACAUUCCCGAAAUCCCACCAGAAAUGAGAACUAGUUUAUGCGAUGAAGCAAUGAAAGAACUAACAGUGAUGAGAGAAAGGUUUAAAAACGUCAAAGCCGAAAAUGAGCAUUCCGUUGAACAUCUAAACGAUUCACGAGAAACAUUCAUACAUUCCGUGAUGAAGUAUAAAAAUACAAUUAUAGAAGUCAUUGAUAAGCUAGAGAAAGAAGCGUUAUCUCAAAUGGAUUUGAUUUAUAAUCAGGAAAAGAUCAGGUUAGAAGAAAACUUAGAUCAACUAGAUAGAGAAAUUGCAAAUAUUGAAAGUUAUAUUACCAUUCUUGAACAGUGCAUGAAAACCAGUGAAAAUUCAGUUGUGUAUGAACUGCAAGGAGCAACCGAACAGCUUCGAAUAGACGAAGCGAUGGUACGAGAUCUCCAUAAGUCAACUAGUAUCGUUCAAUUCGAGUUCGAGCCCUCAGCGGAUAUACUAGCAACGUUAACCAACUUUGAAAAGCACUGGAAGGUUGAAAAGAAAGAGACUUUAUCCUGUACAUACCCUCGUCCUUGUUCAUGUGACAAAUCAUACAGAAAUAAGGUAGCAGUAAAAGAGAAAGAUGUAUCUGUCCGUCUGUCCGGCUGGUCGUUUGACAGAGAAAGAUGCUGUAUUACCGGUUGUGAGUUUCUACCCAACGGGAACCUGCUCCUUUGCGACAAUGGAAAUAAAAAGGUGAAGCUGUUUGAUAAGAAGUUCAAGUGUAUAUCUGCUCAUACUUUACACUCCCUGCCGUGGGAUGUGGCCGUAAUUGAUGCAGAACGUGCCGUUGUUACCAUUCCAGAUCGCAAGCAACUUCAUUUCAUUGGUCUUCAUCACAGAAUCUCGAUGAAAGAGACGGUCACUCUUGAGCAAAACUGUUGGGGUGUAUCUUACAGUAAUGAACAAAUAUUCGUUACGUGCUGGUCACGUGACAGAAAGGAAGUAAUUAUUCUAGAUAUAAAUGGAACGCCAAAGAAUCGUAUUGUAACUGUUCAAAACCAACCUUUUCAUACUCCGUGGUUUAUUGACGGACACGAUGACACCAUGUUCGUAUCAGACUGGGGCACGUAUUUAGUGCAAGGUGUGACCACUUCCGGUAUCGCCUUAUCCAAGUAUAGAAAGAGCAAUUUGGUUGGUCCCUUAGGAAUGUGUCGUGAUCCGGACGAAAAUGUGUUCAUUUGUGGGAGAGACUCAAAUAAUAUACACCAGAUAUCAAAAGACGGGACAGAGCAACGAGUAUUUCUUACUGAAAGAGACGGCAUACAACAGCCGCUCAAUGUAUGUCUUCGUGCAUCAGACGAUAAACUUAUCGUGACGUCAUGGAUGUCAGACAAACUGUCUGUGUUCAGACUACAGUAAAUCAGUGAAAAGAAGAGAAUGACAAUGUCUUAAUAAUUUUGAUUGGAUAUGGUACUAAUACGCUGUUUAAGUAAUGUUUUAUUGAUAAUUUAUACGUCAAUGAUACGAAAUGAAAACUAUUUAUAUCCAAAUAUGUCGAAAGGAACUAAAACUUACAGGUUCCGAGUAUAAGAAUGCUGUCGAAAAUUCUUGUCAGUGUCGAACUAUCAUGUGUACAUAAUUUACUAGAGUAACAAAAUUAGAAAUAAGCGUAAUCCAUAUCUGUCGCAGUGCUGUACCUAAACUGUGCCUAUAACAUGCGCCUGCCACACGAUGUCUGUAAAAGUCAAACUUAACAGUAGUUCAUUUUAGAAAUAAAAAUUUCUAGGAAGUGUUUAAGCAGUAUUUUUUUCAAAUAUGUAGGACGGCUUCAAAAGCGUUAGUAACACAAUAGAGAGAUGGUUUGUCUGUUCUUUAUACAGUAACGUUUAAAAAGUAUUUGUAUUCAUUCUUCUGGGGUUUCAUCCCUUAGUAAAUGGUGGCUGUUAAUCCCGUAAAUAUGUUAUUUAUUGCCAUUAGGUUUAUUAAGAACAGUUGAGAUGUCUUAAGUAAUCGAUACCCUUCGCCGGUUAAAUUCUGUACACUGUACAGAGAGGACCGAGAAACCACAACAGGUCUAGCCUGUCAACCUUGUUAGUUUUUUAUCGAAUCAUAUGACUCGUUGUUUGAUCAUUCUGAUGCGUAAUUAAAAUUAAAUAAAUUGGGACAUUUUUGUUGUAGUAAAUUAAAAUUCCAUGCAAGUGUU